CUGCUUCUUUCUCUGGCCUCCCUAGGGUUUCGAUCAAACGCCUCGGGUCUUUAAGCCGCUCUUCAGAUCUAGGGUUCGUCGCUCGGCGGCCCCCAUGGACGCUCCCCUCUCCGGCGCCGACAUCGCGAAGCGCCUCGCCUCCUGCAACAAGGCCGCGCGCGACCGUGCCGUCCGCGUCCUCUCCUCGUGGCUCUGCCGGCAGUCCGACGACGCCGUCUCCGAUGCCGACCUCGCCAAGAUCUGGAAGGGCAUCUUCUACUGUGUGUGGCACGCCGACAAGCUCCCUGUCCAGGCCGACCUCGCCGGCCGCCUCGCCACCCUCCUCGAGUCAGUCUCCGCCCCCCUCGCCGCCCGCUACUUCGAGGCCUUCCUUCUUACCAUCCGUCGGGAGUGGAGCGGCAUCGACUUCCUCCGCCUCGAUAAGUUCUACCUCCUCAUCCGCAGGUUCCUCUGCCACGCCUUCCUUCUGUUGAGGAAGAACGCGUGGGAUCCCGAGCUCACGGCCCGGCUUACCGGAAUCCUCUUGGAAAAAUCGCUCCUUUCUGCGGAUAACUACCCGGCGAACGGCGUUAACUACCAUGUCGCCGAGGUCUUCUUGGACGAGAUCAGAGAUCUCCUCCCUCUCGCGGUGGAGACGCUGGAUUUGAUGCUGAAUCCCUUCGUUUCGGUGCUGAAGAAGUCUGCGGAUAAGGUGCUCGUCAAUAAGAUCAAGAUAAAUGUCUUUGACCGGUUACUUGAGAAUGGGAGGAAGCUGUUGAAUCUCGAGAAGGCUGGAGAUAAGGUCGACUCUGGCAAUGAAGUCGAGAAACUUGGAAAAGUUGCUUUGUUGCUGGCAUUUUCAAAGAAGUUCUUUGAUUCUGCUUCUGCUUCAGAGACUCUUCAGGGAAACCGGAAAAUUCUGUUCCUUUUGCAUGAAGACUUUCUGAAGUUGGAGAACGAUUUAGAUAAAUCUGGAAUUCAUAUCUCAGUCCAGCAUUUGGAAAAUGGGAGCUCGGAGAAUGUGAGCAGUACAGUUGUUACAGAGAUGCAGGUUGAGGUGAAGAACGGAUGUGGUGAUGGUGGCUCUGAUGAUAAGCGCAAUAAAAAGAGGAAGAGUUUAAAGGAAUCUUCAGAUAGCAUCAAGAAGAAAAAGAAAAAGUCUGGAAAAAAGAAGUCGUCCAUGGAUUCAGUUAUGGGAAGUGAUGUUGUUGAAGCCACAACCGAGGGUAUCGAUGUUGUUGAUGAUGUAAGUUUGAAUGGGGAUGUGAUGGAAACCCAUGGAUUGAUGGAUUUUGACGAAUGCAUGAUCUCUAAUCUACAGAGACAAUUCGAGAAGGCUGCUGCUGAAGCAGGCAUGACAGAUGAUAACGACCAAUUUAGUGUUAUGCCAGCAACACCUGUUGCUGGUGCUGCCUUGAAAAGGAGGAGGAGGGCAAAGAAUGCUGAUGUGAAGGUCAAUGACAAGAGAAGUAGUGCUAAUGGUGAAGGCAAUGUUGAGAAGAGUGGGGAUAAGAGUGCUAAGAAAGUGAGAUUUUCUAUGAAGAGUAACUUGGUCUGGAAGCCUAAUAAUCCUUUGCCUCCACAUAGCUUGAGAUUGCCACCGUCUGUUACUCCAAAAGGUAGUGCACUUAAGCAAGGAGUUCCACCUGGGCCCAUCAGGGAAACCCCUCCAACGAUCAAAAAGAUUAAGGUGAAGGCAAGCUCUGUAAAGAAGAGCAGGAAGGGUGUUAAGAGUCCUGCUAUCAAGCGUCUUAGAAAGUUGCAGAGCCUUUUGGUAUAGAUCCACAUGAAUUACGCGGAUUUCUCUUGCAACUGUGGUGAUCGGCAGGAUUGAUACUAUUGAGCCAUUUAGGGUUUACAAUAAUGACAAAUGGAUUCGGAAAACCGAUAGCAACGAUAACGAAAAAGCCAAAGCCAUAUCGGUUAUCGAUUUAUAUGAACACUUGAUGGGUACAUUUUCUUGAAUAAGAUAGACUGAACGACUCUUGAAUCUCCUUAUAGCUCCUUCUAUGUGUUGGGAUGGCUCUUGGAACUUAUUGUGUGUUAGGGUUUACAAUGAUGACAAAUGGAUUCAGAAGGCCAUUAGCGAUAAAGCCAAAGACAUAUUGUUUAUCAAUUUAUUUGAACACUUGGUAAGUGCAUUUUAUCGAAUCAGAUAGAUUGAAAGGCUCUUGAAUCU